GUAUCCUUGAUCAGCCUGUGGAGAAAACUGAUCUCUUUCUUCAAAAGAUUGGAAUUCUUCAGUUUCUGUCACACAUAAGUGAUGCUGAAAAGCUCGACCAGUCGUUUGAAUGUGAUCAGAAUAAAACUCCUCUGGAAUCAGCGUUACUUUUGCUGGAAAGUAUGACUAAGGAAUUCAGUCUUCCACAACAUGAUUGUGAGAAUGUCGGCACUUCACUUAAAGAGAUGAUUGUGGGAACCUUCAUCAAGAACGGCCAGUUUGAAAAAGCAAAGGAAGCAUUUAACCAGUAUUUUCACGAAUCAACGACCAGCAAGAGGACUGUCUUCCUGAAACUCAUUCAUCAAAAGAAGAAAACACACGAGGUCAUCAAGCAACUUAACUUUCAGAGCUUCAAGAAGGAGAUGGCGGAUUUUUGUCAAAGGCUUUUCUCAUUCAGUCCUCCAUUUCUUUUCAAGGCUGCAGAGAUGCUUGUUCGGGAAAGGCAGGAACCAGAUGACACAACUCAUGGGAUUGAUGAGCAAAGCCAACCCAUUUCUUCCCAUAGUCCACAAAUAAGCAGAGUUGAGCUUCAGAUAAGAAAACCUUCACCUAUCCAGAGAAUCAGACUUGAAAUGGCCUUCAAUGCCCUGGCUGAAGGUCCAUGUCAAAUAACAUUUGAUCAGUUGACGCGAGAGGUGGACACAGAGGCGCAAGAACAUGAGAUUUGUCUACAGCUCACACCUGAUCCCAUGAGGGGCACAAUUCUGAACUCGGAACUGGACGUGUUAAUUCAGAGAGACUCGUGCAGUCCCAUGGAAGCUUCCCCAGCAGACCAGCCUCCACAGGCAGAUAAGGAUCCUCAAACACAGGCAGGUUCUCUGUCGGCGUACACCGUGCCGAGGCUGUUGGCUGAGCCAGACAGCCAGCCAAGCUCCCAGUGUAUAACAGCUGCUGAGGAAUUAGAAACUGAAGAGGGAACAAAACAGCAACCACAAACUGUUUCCAGUGGGAGCAAAACAAAAGACGCACAGUUCCCAGUCACAGACAAAGAAGUGAUCACACCCAGACGGAGCACUAGAUUGAACAGAACUUCAAGUGUUGUGGCGGUGUGCUCCGCUGAGAACGAUAAAGACUCGGAUUCAGACAGAAACAAAGAAGUGAAUGACGAGGACCUCCAUGACGGCUCCAACCAGUCAUUCAGCAGAAAACUCAACAAGUCAAAAGACUCAUCAGAACGUGAGGACGAGCCACAGGCGCAGUCGACCCCCGCCAAAACCCCAACACAGAGACCACCCGAAUCACUGUCCCCUCCUCCAAGCAAGAAAGUCAAUUCAGGUGACAUUGAAGACUGUACUAUCUCAGACUCUUCUUUGGACAGCUCGCCCACUGUGUCCUCACGUCCCCCCGUUUCUAAGAGCUCCACUCCACGCAUAGUCAUGCAGCCCAUUUCCAAAUGGAAAGAUCAUGUCAGAAAAGCAGUGGAGAGUAAAGACACGUGGAGCGACGAUGACUCAGAGUUCAACUUUGCAAAGAAUUCCAGGUUAAAUAAGAGCACCACCUCAAAUACACAAAGCAGGAAGAGGAUGUGGACUGACAGCGAGACAGAUAAUUUAAUAGAAGGGGUGAACAGGUUUGGAGAGGGAAACUGGAGCAAGAUCCUAUCAUAUUACUCCUUCGAAAAUCGAACAAACAUCAACCUAAAGGAUCGAUGGAGAACAAUGAAAAAGUUGAAAAUGGUUUAAGUUGUUUUGUUUACAUGAAGCUGACAGCUUUUGUUUAAUUUGGUCCUUUCUGUACAUUAUGUAAAGCAGGGUUUCCAUUUAGUUAAAUAGAAAAAGAAAAGCAUUUCAUCAAAGCUGAGCAGACUUUACUAUUCAGAUUUAUUUUUCAGAAAGUGUACUGGAAAAAAAACUAACAUUGUUUUUCUUUCAUUCUAGCUUUGUACCCUGUUCUUAUCCAAAAUCCAAACAUGCACAAACUUUUGAUGACUGUAGAAACUUUGUAUCAGUAUGGCAUGUUUCAAAAUACAGGGAUUUAUGUUGAUUUAUAAGCAUUGUACUAUCUGCUAAAUAAAUAAAAAACUGUUCAAAAUGUAGUUUCUAAUCACAAAAAAAUAAAAAGAUUGGAUUUAACACA